GCUUGCUUCAUGCGUCUCAAAUGUGGCCAGCCCGGUCAGUCUGUCUGUCUGUCUGUCUUUGUUGAACACGCUAACACGUGAUAUGCACGUGUGACUUAUUACGGAUUAAUUUUAUUGACAAAAGACUUUGUCAUAUAUGUAUGUAUAUGUGUUUUGUAAUUGGAGGUUAUGUUGCUAAACCUUGAACGUGAGAGAAAUGUGUUAAAAUAUGAUUAGUAUGAGAUUAAACUAGCUUGUUUCUAUCUUCGUACAGUAAAGUUAAUAUUCUUUUACAUUGUUUAAGUUGUGGUAAAGCUAUUCAAAAUGGUUAAAGCCACGAAAAAGAAUUUGUCCGAGUUUGCACAACAGAAGCACAAUCAGAAGAACAAAAAACUAUUAAAUCCCUUUGAAGUACACAUUAAUAGAGACAAACAGAAAGUAUUGGGUCGAAAAAGUAAAAAUGAUCGAGGACUUCCAGGCAUAUCGAGGGCAAAAGCUAUUAACAGGCGAAAGCAGAGCCUUCUUCAAGAAUAUAAAUUGAAAAAUAAAGACAAUGUAUUCCUAGACAAACGUAUAGGCGAAAAGAAUUCUGCUAUGAGUGCAGAAGAUAAAGCGAUGGCAAGAUUUACUAAGGAACGUAUAAAGGCGCAUAAAAAGAAAAAUAUAUUUAAUUUGAACGAUGAUGAAGUAUUGACUCAUAGAGGUCAAACUCUUGAAGAAAUUGAGAAAUUUGAUGAUCCUAAGAGUGAUGAAGAGUUUAGUGAUAAUGACAGUGUCAGUGGUAGACUGGAUAAAAAUUUUGUAGAGGAGGCUCAUUUUGGUGGAGGAGUUCUAUCAAGAUCAGAAGGCACAUUAUCCAGGAAAGAUCUUAUUGAUCAACUCAUUGCAGAAUCGAAGAAACGGAAAGCAGAAAAGCAAAAGAUACGUGAGCAAACCUUAGAUCUGACAGAGAAACUUGACUCAGAGUGGAAAGAUCUUCUACCUGUUAUGUCUGCUUCUAAAAAGUCAAAUGAAGAUACUGAGGAGACAGCCAAAGUUGAUGCUUAUGAUAUUGCUGUACGGCAACUGAAAUUUGAAGCUAGAGGUAAUCCAUGUGACAAAUUGAAGUCGGAAGAAGAUAUUAUUCAAGAAGAGAAAGAAAAAUUAGAGGCACUUGAAGCUGACAGAUUGGCAAGAAUGAAAGGAUUUGUAUCUGAUGUUAAUAAUCGAUAUAAACAUAAAUCUGCUGAUGAUCUUGAUGAUGGUUUCAUGAUGGAAGCAAUUACAGCAGACACUGAUGACAAUAAUUCAAUAACCAAUGAUAUCAAUAAUGAGCAUGAUAGUAAUAUUGAUAAUGAGACUGAUAAUGAUGAAGUGAAUGAUGAUGAUGUCAACAAUGAUGAUGGUAAUGAUAAUGAUAUUAAUGACAUUAAUGAUGUUAAUGACAUUAAUGAUGUUAAUGACAUUAAUGAUGUUGAGGAGAAAGAAAUUAAAUCAAAAAGCAGUAAACAGGAAGGAAAACAAGCAGUGGAAGCCAUAAAAAUAAGCCAGGAUGAUUCAGAGGUUGAAGGCUCAGAUGAUGGAGAAUCUGAAGAUAAUUUUUCAGAUUUAAAAGAAUCAGAAUUAUCUAGUGAUGAAGAUAGAACUGUUGAAAAACAUGUUACAUUUGUUAGUAAUCUGAUAACAGAUACUAAAAAACUAAAUCAAUCGGAUCAAAUUUGUUCCAAAUCAAUACUGAAGAAAAAUGAUAACACUAUACAUGAGCAGAAUGUGUCUGACAAAAUUAAUAAGCAAGAUAUCAGGAAGGAUCUCUUAAAGCGAAAAAAAAUUAUGGAGAAAGCACGAAAAGAACUACCUUACACAUAUAGUGCUCCGAACAGCUUUAAAGAAUUAGAACAAUUGUUGGAAAAUUAUAAUGCAGACUAUCAAUCGGUUAUUGUAGAUCGUAUUAUAAAAUGUAAUCAUUGGACAAUAGAUGCCAAAAACAAAGAAAAAAUGUCAAAUCUCUUUGUGUAUUUAAUACAACAUAUAAAUAAUUGGGCUUCCAGAAAAAAUGCUGAUGAUUUAGUUAAAUGUUUUCAAAUCUUUGACAGAUUGUGUCCUCAUCUUUAUGAUUUAGCACAGAUGAACCCAGAAAAUGCGAAAUCUUGUAUACAAGAAGUGAUUAAGGAGAAGCACGAGAUGUUUGAGAAAAAUCAAAAAAUAUAUCCUAACAUGGAUACGCUUAUAUUUUUUAAAUUGGUAUCCUUGUUAUUUCCAACGUCUGACUUCAGGCAUCCUGUUGUCAGUCCUUGCUUAAUAUUUAUGUCGCAAAUAUUGCUGAGAGCUCACAUCAAGAAAUAUCGAAGUGAUAUCUCAAAAGCUUUUAUAUGUACACUUAUUUUAGAGUAUACACUACUCAGCAAACGAUUUGCACCAUCUGUAAUAAAUUUUUUACGAGGGAUUAUUUAUACAGCAACACCUGCAGAAUUAACACAAAAAAUUAGAAUUAUACCACCAUUUAAAGCAACGUGUAAAGCCCUAGUGAUUAACGAAUCUGAAAUUGCGAUUGACACAAAUGGUGCACAUAUGUCGACAAAUGAUUUAAUCCUUGAGAAUAUAGACGACGAAUUCAGGAUAAGAGCUUUAUUGACUGCAGUAAAUCUAGUAUCAGAAUUCAAAGGCCAGCUUCAAGAAUUAGAGGCAGUGUACUCGAUAUUUGAGCCCAUUCUUAAAUUAUUGAAAAAAAAUAAAUUUAAAAAGCAUCCGUCGAACAUAAGAAAUCACAUAAAAGAGUUGCGUAAGUCACUUAAACUUUUACGAAGUAACAAAUUGGAAUAUAUUGUGCUUGAAAAGAAGAGGCCAAAACCUUUAAGGACGUAUGAGCCGAAAAUAAUGACGAUAUACGAUGGCAAGAGCCAUAAACCCAUGUCGAAGGAAAAAGCAGAAAGGGAGAAAUUGCUACACAAGUAUAAGAGAGAAUACAAAGGCGCGAUUCGUGAAGUAAGAAGAGAUCGAGACUUCUUAGCUAAAGUACAAAUCGCGCAACAAAUUAAGAGCGAUGUUGAACGUAAACGUAAAGUAAAGGAAAUUUUCGGAGAGGCUGCGAUGCAACAAAGCGAAUUGAAGAAAAUGAAAAGGAAAAAAUGAAAGGAGAAAGACGUGAAAAUUAAAAUAUGUAAUUUGUACAGA